AUGAGAAUCCCACCAAGCAAGGCUGGCGAGGUCCGGAACGACGGGCGUGGUCAUGGCACACAUGGAGUAUCCGACAAUAACAACCUCAAAGUCGAGCUAGACCAGCUCUCUGUGCAGACUCGCCGCUUCAUCGAUGUGGCUAGUGGUCUUACCAAAAAUCUUCCCCCUAAUGUUCGUCACAAAAUCUGGCAUCUAGCUGCCGGGCCGAAGUUGAUGGAGAUAUUCGAGAUUCGUUGGCGAUCUCCUAUACCUGAUACGGAGCCACGCUCGAUGGUUACGAUGGAUAAGAGACGUAUGAGGGUGUCGCAUGCCUGUCAAGAAUCGAGGAGUCUCUUGUACCCCUCGCCACGAUGCUCUGAGUGGCUUCAUACCCCCGUACAGACGUACAUGGACCCAGAUCGCGACAGCGUCAUGAUUAACGGCAACUUCAUGAUCGGAAUGAGCUUCGAGGAUAUCUUAGGGCAUGUACAACGACUCAUCCUAACACCCGAUCACGGCAGCUUUCAGAUUGUAGAAGAGAUAUCUUUGAGCUACGGUCCAUGUUGGAACAUGCAGCAGGUCAGCUUCGUGCUCGAGACUUGGAGUAUUCCGGCCCAGGCGAGCACCUUAAUCUGCGAACGGUUAUCCGCACGUAUGCCAGUCGUGGUUGACCUAGAUGAUGAUCAGGAGAUGAUUCGGACGAUGAACCAAAUCGUAGAUGGACCUUGGCACAGUCAACACCACAAGCGCGUAGAUACGCUCUCUAGCUUCUACAAGCAAUGCCAUAUAACACGAACAAAGAAAUCAUACAACAGGAUGACAACCUGUGGAACUAGGUUAUGCGAUGCUAAGUACUGGGAGGGUUUCUGUACUGCGUUCCGUGCAAAUUGGUAUGAGCUGAGUCAUAAUCAGAGGGUGCCAGAUAUAAAGAGAGUAGCAUUGUUAGUUGAAGGAGACGAAGGGACCCCCAAGAUAUCGCAGCACUUACCAUGGCAUCCGAAGAGUUCGUCUCAAUAUUGA